CGCCAGUUUUAUUUUUCCAAUAGAGUGAAUGGUGUUAGUGGUAUCGCGUAGACUAAACAAGUGUCUGUCAAAAUUAUUUUUCGUUUUUGCGGGCAUUUUCAAAAGAAAUGUGAAUUUUUCAAAUAGUCCUAACAUUUUGCCUUCGUUGUGAAAGCUAAUUCGUGUGGUUUCUAAUUAUUAUUGCUAAUUGCAAUAUUAAUUGCAAUAUGGAGGAUUGUUGAUUUCCGAGAAAUGUGAUUUCAAUGAUUUCAUGUGAAUGAGUUGGAAAGCAGAAGUUGGCGUGCAGAUGUUUUAGAAGCCACCACCAUGAACAAUGCGUGUCUGAUCCUCAUCCUGCUCUUCUGCCUCAAACCCGCCGCCUCCACCAUAGAAUGCAACCACAACGACAACUGCUUGUGCCUCCCCAGCGUCCAGGAGGUCGAGUUCCAGUGCCCCUCGAACUUCGACGAUGUCAGCGAAUUCGUCAUCCACGUAAAAGACAAUAUCGAAAUCCUCAUCGACUGCGCCUCAAAUUUGAAAAAAUUUAACGUGAAUUUGCUGCCCAACAUCACGAUCGACAAGAUCGAGAGGUUCCGAAUGAGGUUCUGCCCUCUACCGACCAACGGGUUCAAAGAGGUGCUGGACCAUUUCUCGCUAAAAGAAGUCAAGUUUCUGCAGUUCGGAAGCUCUAAUUUGUCGAAUGUGACGUUGACGAAGGAGUAUUUUCGGGGUUUGGAGUUCCUGGACUCGCUCCAGCUGAACGCCGACGGGCUGGUGGACAUGGAGGAAGACGUUUUCGCGAAUACCCCGAAUUUGACGUCGCUGGAGAUGCAGCUGAAUAGGGUUAGCUUGAAGGAGGGGCUGUUUCGGUACACGCCGAUGUUGAAGUCGCUGGAUUUGUCGGAGAACAAGAUCCAGAGUAUCCCGGGAGGGUUGUUCAAGGGGUUGGAUAAGCUGGAGCUUUUGCACUUGUGGAGCAAUAAUCUGACGCAGAUUGACGAUUUGACGUUCCAAGGGUUGACGAAUCUGAAGUCGCUGGAGUUGAGCGCGAACAAGAUUGAGAAUAUUUCGGAAGGGGCGUUUAAGAGUUUGAUGAAUCUAUCGAGGGUGAACUUGUCCCAGAAUCAGUUGAAAAGCGUACUGGCGGACCCCUUCAGCCACAAUACCAAACUGGAGUUGAUAGCGAUGAGAGGAAACCCGAAUUUGAAGCUUCAAGACUACGCUUUUUCGAACUUACCGGUCGUGAAAGAUAUCGACUUGACGAAUUGUAAGCUUGACGAUAUCCCGAAGAGUGUUUUUGAAAACUCGCCCAACAUCAAGGAGUUGAAGUUGGGGAGAAACAAACUGAAGGGUUUACCGGAAGGGUUAUUUGAGGGUCUUCGUACUCUAGAGGAACUUUAUUUAGACAAUAACCAUAUCGAGACAGUUGGAAAAAGUUUUGCCUCACUCAAGAAACUGAAAAUUUUGCACCUUCAAAACAACCGAAUUGAGCGUAUUGGAGUGGAUGACUUUAAGGAUUUGACAGACUUAACAGAAAUUUUUCUUCAGAAAAACCGAAUUGUCACAAUACACAAUAGAGCUUUCGACAAUAACGCUGAACUGAAGAAGAUCGACUUGUCUCACAAUUUCUAUACAGGGGAGUACAACGCCCACUUUACUUCUCUUGACAACGUGGUCAACAUUGAAACGAUCAAUCUGAGUCACAACCGAAUCACCCAAAUCGGUGACGUCAUCACUCUGUACAACAAGGUCCGUCUGAGAUCUUUGGACCUGAGUUCCAAUCAAAUCACAAACAUAACUUUGAGUCAUCUAAUACCUCUUGCCCCCAAACUUAGCAUUAACUUAGAAAACAACAAAAUAACUAGCGUCGACUUCAAACAUUUAGAUGUAAUGACCGAAAACGUCAAAGACGCUUACUCUGCACGUGAGCAAUCACAAACAGUCAUCUUUCUUGGAAACAAUCCCGUUGACUGCGACUGUUACAAUUUAAACCUAGUCAAGUAUUUUCAAGAUGAUCUCGAUCCUAAAAUCAAGGUCAUGUUUGACAUAAGGACCGAGAAUUAUUGUGCAAAUCCUCCGGAGCUUCAAGAUGUGCCUAUUAAAAUGGUUCCACAGAGCUUACUCUUGUGUAGUUUUGAAAAAAUUGACGAAGAAGAUUUCUGCCCCGACAACUGUUCCUGUAGUUGGAGACCUUUUGACACUUCUUUAAUUUUGGAUUGUUCUAACAAAAAAAUGGCUCAGUUUCCCCAGAUUGAGUCUCUGCAGAUGGUCAAGUUACAGUUUAACCAAACCGAAGUUCACUUGGAAGGAAAUGAGUUGAGUGGGCUGGAUGCCAACUUAACUGGAUAUGAGAACGUGACUAGGUUAUAUUUGUCGGACAACAAAAUCGAAAAGGUGGAGUGGUUACCGUCACAGUUGAAGGUGGUACACUUAGACAACAACAAAAUCAAGCAUUUGGAUUAUAGGGUGUUCGAAAAGUUGAAUGGUUCAUACUUGGUGAAUAUGACUUUGGACCAUAAUCCGUGGCGGUGUGAGUGUGAAGCUGUCAAUUUCACCAAUUUCUUAAGACAACACAGCAAAGUGAUUGAUAACCGUGACAUUCUGUGUUACAACACCUCCCGGCGCCUCAUCCACUUAAACAAGAACGACCUUUGCCACGAACUGCGCAUCGCCAAUAUCAUCCUACCCAUCCUCAUAAUAGGCCUCUUACUUACAACCCUACUAGUACUUUACUACCGUUACCAGGAACCAAUAAAAAUCUGGUUGUACUCUCGCAAUCUUUGCCUGUGUUGGGUCACCGAAGAGGAGCUCGACAAAGACAAAGAUUACGACGCCUUCGUCAGCUACUCCCACAAAGACGAAGACUUCAUCAUCCAGAACCUUCUCCCGGUGCUAGAAGGUGGCUCAACCCCCUACAAACUCUGCCUCCACUACCGCCACUUCAUCCCAGGGGAGAUGAUCUCCACUCAAAUCACAAAUUCCGUUUUGAACUCCCGUAGGACUCUAGUCGUGCUUUCCCCCAACUUCCUCGAAAGUGUUUGGGGCAAAAUGGAGUUCCGUACUGCGCAUACUCACGCGAUGACGGAAGGACGGGCGCGGGUUAUCAUAGUGUUGUACGGUGACGUCGACGUCGAAAAGUUGGACGACGAGUUGAAAGCCUACUUGAAGACUAACACUUACGUGAAGUGGGGGGACCCCUACUUUUGGAAUAAGUUAAAGUACGCGCUACCUCACUCGAAGCGGAAGUCCUGCAACAACAACCAAAAAAUCGCGAAUGUAAUGAAUUGUAUCGACGAUAAGUUUAAUUUGGUGGCUCCGGUUACGCCCAGUCCGGGUACAACGCCGCCGGUACUUAAUUUAGAUCCCAGUAUUUUAAAAAAACACCCACUCAAUUUUGUACAUAGUCAUGAAUUGGACACGCCGCCGGCUGAAGCGGGGACGUUGUUGAUUUCUACUGGUUUGUAAUUAUUAAACUGUGAUAUUUGGUGAUAUUGUGGUUGACUAGCCAUCUGUGACCGAUUUUGGGGUUAACUGUUGUGUGACCUUGAAAUUCAUACUCAUCUGGCUUGAACUUUAUUAGAAUCGCGUGAAAUGUUAGAAGAGGCAGUUUGACUUGCACAUAUCAAGGGGGCCAGAGAUGAUUCGAUUGAAUUAAUCAGAAGCAUUUACUUUUGUGUACAAAUUACUUAAGUCGUGUUAAAUAAGUAAUUACUAAUUGUAAACCGUGCCAACAGUUUAGUUGUAGUCACAUGAUUGUAAAGAAAGGGAACAUCCUCUUGAGGACAACUCCGAACUGAUUUUUAAGUUCAAAAAGUUAUAGGUGUACGUAGAAUAUAUAAAAUAUACUUUGAUACGUCCUGUAUAUUGAUCAAAAAUGUGAAUUUUUUUGUUUGUUUUCAUAUAUACAAUGUAAUUGUACAGAUUGUGUAACAGUCUUGUUACUGUGUAUUAUUAUUGCAUGUUGAUAUAUUUUAUUCAAGAAAUAUUAUGUUUGUUUUAAGUUUUUUCUAAGGUUUAUUACUUAUUUAUAAACAUGAAUUUUUA